AUGGAUGACAUACUCGACGACUCGUUCCCCGAAGACGAUGGUGGCAGCUCCGACUUCGUGCCUGAAGUGCCAAAAGCCAAGGCCAAGGCAUCAAAGCCCGCCGCUACGAAAGCGAAAAAAAUGACCCAGACAACCCUCAAAGCCAAGCCUGCUGCAAAGGCUACAAAGAAAAAAGCAAAGGCCGAAUCGGAAGACGAGCCGUCCGAUGACGAUGAUAACCUCGGAGACUCCGUCAUGACGAGCACGCCUCCCAAGACGACAAAACCCAAGAAAGCGCCAGCCAAGAAGGCUGGCUCCAAGCCGCUUGCCGACAUUGCCAACGAGUCUUUUGGAGGAGACGGUACUGAUGAAGUCGAAUCGACGGGGCCGUCCAAGGACACUGGCGCCGCCGAUAAAUACCAAAAGCUCACCCAAUUGGAGCACAUCCUCAAACGUCCAGAUACCUACAUCGGCUCUAUCGAAAAGACAACGCAGCAGAUGUGGGUUUACGACUCCACCGGCGAUGCGAUGGAAUUCAGAGAGGUCACUUUCGUUCCCGGUCUGUACAAAAUCUUUGAUGAAAUCGUUGUCAAUGCCGCGGACAACAAGCACAACGACAAGAAUAUGGACGAGAUGAAGAUCACGAUUGACCGAGAGUCCGGCGAAAUCAGCGUGUGGAACAACGGUCGUGGUAUUCCCAUCGAAAUUCAUAGCAAGGAGAAAAUCUACGUCCCCGAACUCAUUUUCGGCCAUUUAUUGACAUCCUCUAAUUACGACGAUGGCCAAAUGAAAGUCACCGGUGGUCGAAACGGUUUCGGUGCCAAGCUCUGCAACGUCUUUUCUACAGAAUUUUCCAUUGAAACUUAUGACAGCCGACAAAAGAAGAAAUACAGGCAAACGUGGACAGAGAACAUGAGCAAAAUGGGCAAGGCCAGAAUCACCGAAUGCAAAGGCGACGAUUACACAAAGGUCACUUUCAAACCUGACUACAAAAAAUUUGGCAUGGAGGGCAUGGAUGACGACUUCGAGGCUCUUGUCAAGCGACGUGUUUACGAUUUGGCUGGUACUACCAAGGUCGCUGUCAAACUGAACGGGACUCGAGUGCCAAUUCGUAACUUCAAAAAGUACAUGGAGAUGUAUACUAAGGCAAUCAAAAAAGAACGCGGCGAAGAAGCGGCCAACGACAAAAGCGAGAUUGUCAUGGCCAGCCCAGAUCCAAGCUGGGAGAUCGGGUUUGCUGUAUCGGAUGGAUCUUUCCAACAAGUAUCCUUCGUCAACUCUAUUGCGACCACCUCAGGCGGCUCUCACGUCAACUACAUCGCCGAUCAGAUCUGUAACCGCCUUGCUGAUGUAGUCAAAAAGAAGAACAAACAAGGUGCAACUCUUAAAGCCUCGCAGAUUCGCAACCAUAUUUUCGUUUUUGUGAAUGCCUUGAUCGUCAACCCUGCCUUUACUUCACAGACCAAGGAACAGUUGACGACGAAGCCGAGUCAAUUCGGUAGCAAAUGUGUUCUCGAUGACGAUUUCUAUAAGAAAGUCCUAAAGACCGAGGUCAUGACAAACAUCCUCCACUUUGCCGAAAAGAAAGCCGACCAGCUUCUGAAGAAAACAGACGGAAGCCGACGAUCUCGCAUGAACAACCCGAAGCUCACUGAUGCCAACAAAGCCGGUACCAAAGACGGCCACCACUGCACGCUUAUUCUGACAGAAGGUGACUCAGCCAAGGGCUUAGCUAUGGCUGGUCGUGCUGUCGUUGGUCCCGAUUUGUUUGGUGUCUUCCCGCUUCGAGGAAAGCUGCUGAACGUUCGUGAUGCAUCAGUCGAUCAAAUUUCGAAAAACGCAGAAAUCCAGAACAUCAAGAACUUUAUCGGUUUGCAGCACAAGAAAGAAUAUGCCGACACUCGUGGUUUACGAUAUGGUCAUCUCAUGAUCAUGACUGAUCAGGAUCACGACGGAAGUCACAUCAAGGGUUUGCUGAUUAACUUCCUGCAAGUCCAGUUCCCUAGUUUGCUGAAGAUUCCCGAGUUCUUGAUCGAGUUCAUCACGCCAAUUAUUAAAGUGUGGAAAGGUGAUACAAAGAACCCUACUCGAUCAAAGUCGUUCUUUACUAUGCCUGAGUACGAGCAAUGGAAAGGAGAGGUUGGAAAUGACCGCGGUUGGCAGCACAAGUACUACAAGGGUUUGGGUACCAGCACAACAGAGGAUGCCCAGAUUUACUUCCGAGACCUUGACCGCCACUUGAAAGAGUUUCACGUCAUGCAAGAACAUGAGAGCCAGCUCAUCGACCUCGCUUUCUCUAAAAAGAAGGCCGACGAGCGUAAAGAAUGGCUUCGCCAAUUCAAACCCGGCACAUACCUUGACCAUUCCACCAAGCAGAUCACAUACACCGAUUUCAUCAACAAAGAGUUGAUCCUCUUCAGUAUGGCUGAUAACCAACGUUCCAUUCCUUCAGUCGUCGAUGGCCUCAAGCCAGGUCAGCGCAAAGUUCUCUACACCUGUUUCAAACGCAACAUCAAGAAAGACAUGAAGGUCGUGGAGUUGGCAGGCCAUGUGUCUGGUAUGACGGCCUACCAGCAUGGUGACACGUCCUUGCAACAGACUAUUGUUGGUCUAGCCCAGAGUUUUGUCGGUUCAAACAACAUCAAUUGUUUAGAACCUAGUGGUAACUUUGGUAGUCGUCUUAUGGGUGGAGCCGACGCUGCUAGCGCUCGUUACAUUUACACUCGCCUGUCACCUUUCGCUAGACGUGUUUUCAACCAGUCCGAUGAAGCUCUUUUGACCUACAACGAGGAUGAUGGGGAGAAGAUUGAACCUGAACUCUAUGUUCCUGUGGUUCCUAUGAUCUUGAUUAACGGUGCUGAUGGUAUCGGUACUGGAUGGAGUUCAUCCAUUCCCAACUACAACCCCGAAGAAAUCGUUGAGAACCUUAAGCGGAUGAUGGACGGCGUAGAGCCCGAGCCUAUGGAACCUUGGUUCCGUGGCUUCGCUGGUGAAGUUACCGCCCAGGGCCCUGACCGUUUCAAGUUCAGCGGUAUUAUCAAAGAAACGGGCGAAAAGGAAGUCGAAAUCACCGAGCUUCCAAUUCGCACUUGGACUCAGGAUUUCAAAGACAAACUUGAAGAGAUCAUCAAGGCCGACAAGAACCCAUCUUUCAUCAAGGAUUACAAGGACUACAAUACCCACACGAAAGUCCACUUCAUAAUCCAGAUGGACGAGAAGCAUAUGAAGUCCGCCUUGUCUGAUGGAUUGGAAGAAAAAUUCAAGCUGUCUAGGACUCUUGCGACGACUAACCUGGUUGCAUUCGACCCGGAAGGGCGGAUCACGAAAUACGCUACAGUAACCGAUAUUCUAAAGGAGUUCUUUGCUAUUCGUCUCAAGUUCUACGAGAAGCGCAAGCAGCAUCAACUGUCAGAACUUCAGAAGGACCUGGACAGAUUCACCAAUCAAGCUCGCUUUGUACAAAUGAUCAUCGAUGGCAAACUCGUUAUUUCCAAGAAGAAGAAGCCCGUCCUUAUCACUGAAUUGAAGGAGAAAGGUUUCAAAGGCUUCCCCAAGGUUUCCCAGGCAGUCAAAGCAGGAGAAACGGAACAGGUUGUCGAAGACGAGGAAGCUGAAGAAGCCGAUACUGAAAUCGACUCUAGCGCGUAUGACUAUUUGCUGGGGAUGCCGAUCUGGUCUUUGACCCAGGAGCGUGUUGAGAAACUUCUCCGUCAAAUUGGAGACAAGGAGAUUGAAAUCGACGACCUCAUCAAGCUCUCCAAGGAGGACAUCUGGCGUAAAGACCUUGAUGAAUUCAUCAACGAGUGGCGAUUCCAGCUUGAAGAUGAGCGCCGACGCGAACGCAAGGUGGCCGGCAUGGGCCGUCGCCAGUCUGCAAAACUCAUGACCACGUCAAAGGCAACCAAGAAGCGCAAGGCGGAUGAUGACGAUGAUUACAGUGUCCCGAAAAGCAAGAAAGCUACAGCUGCCGCCGCCAAAAAGGCAGAUCCCAAAGGAAGCCUAAUGAGUUACCUCAAGAGCUCAUCUCCAAAAACAACCAAGAUCGCUCAGAAAGACGGGAUCGAUGAUGACGACAUGGACUUGGAUGAUGACUUUGUAGCUGAAGUUAUACCAAAGAAGAGUCGUGCCGCUCCGAAGGCUAAACCGGUCCCGCCAAAGGAAGUCAAAGACGAGAUAGACGACGUGGAGGAUGAUUUGGUUGAAGUGUCUGCCACCAAGGUAGCACCCAAAGCCGCUCCAAAAGCCGCUGCGAAAGCAGCAUCCAAACCUGCGCCUAGCAAGAAACCUCCCAAAGCGGAUUUGAGUGAUUCGGAAGAAAGCGGACUUGGAGACGACUUGCUGGAUGUGAGCAAGAUGGUUAAAGGCAUUGGAGACUCAAGCGGCAAAGCUCUCAUCUCGGACUUCUCCGGACCAGGUACUAGUGCUGGUCUAAAGGCUGCGUCAGCCAAGUCAAAGCCCAUCGCCGACUUCGACCCGGAUGAGACAGACUACAGCAAACUUGUUCCACAGCAGUCGCCACGUCGUUCCCUGCUCGUCAAACAGAAAGAAAAGGUGAUCGAGGAUGACGACGAAGAAGAAGAGGACGAGGAUGACGAGCUUCCGAAACCGGCGGCCAAGGCAAAGCCAGCGGUUAAGGGCAAGGCUGCCACCACGGGUGCCUCCAAGGCCACUACUGGUCGUGGGCGUGCAAAGAAGGAUGCCCCAGCGCCAGCAGUGAAAAAGACGCCGGCCGCUACUAAAGCCAAGCCCAAGGCCAAGAAGAAGGCUGAUCUUUCUGAUGACGACAUUGAUGCUAUGGCCAACGACAUUCUCGACUCUCCUGCAGGGGAUGACUCGGACAAGGAUGAAGCUCCGAAGGCCCGUCCAUCUCGCCGAGCUGCAGUGGCCAAGAAGAAGACGUAUAUUAUUGACGACGACGAUAGCGAGCUGGAUGAUCCUGCUGGUGACGACUCUGCGGAUGACUUUGAUGACUCUGAGUAA